CGUUGCCAUGACAGCGUCUGUUGUGUACAUGCAGCCGAGGACCGACCCUGCGGCUAAGCUAGCUCACAGCUUAAACUUGUGUUUAUUGUCACUAUCGUCACCUGUGAGCCUGCACGAUAAUAUUUCACGAUGCCUCCCAAGACCAAAAGCAAAAAGGCUGCGAAGGGGAAGUCGCCUGCCGUGGUGGACGGUCUGUCAACGGAUGAGAUGUCCAAGGAUCAGCUGGAGGAGCACAUCGUCCGCCUCCGAGAGGAGCUGGACAGAGAGCGGGAGGAGAGGAGCUACUUCCAGCUGGAGAGGGACAAGAUCCAGGCCUUCUGGGAAAUCUCCAAGAGGAGCCUGGAGGAGACGAAGGCCAAGAUCAGGAACAGACACAGGGAGAGGGAGGAGGCAGAGGAGCGCCACCGAGUGGAGAUCACUGAGUACAAGCAGAAGCUGAAGCAUGUCCUCUUCGAACACCAAAACACCAUCUCUGAGCUGAAGACGGGCCGCGUCAUCUCAACCUCGCUGAUCCAGAACCAGCACACACAGUCAGAGCUCAAGCUCCGGAGGGAAGUGCACGGCCUGCAGGUGGACUUAAGAGAGAAGAAGCUCCACAACGAAAACCUCAUCACGGAGCUCGACCUGAAACACCAGGUGGAGUUAAUAGAGCUGAGGAACGACUACGGAAGAAGAGUCAUGGAAAUUGAGGCGAAAUAUGACAAGACAAUGCAGUCAAUGAAGUCAACGGAGAAAAAGAGGCUGGAGGCUGAGGCCGAUAACCUCAGGGAAAGACUGCAACGUCGGGCUGAGACUCUGAAAGAGGACCAAACCAACGCUUUCAAAAAGGCUGAGGAGUACUUCUCCUUCCAUGAAAACAAACUAGUGGAGGAUCAGAAGUCUCUGAAGAUGGAACUUGCAAAGUUGACGAAGGUGCACGCACAAGUCCAGAAAGAGCUUUCAGCAGCCGAGCAGAAGAACAAACAUCUGCGAGAGUCGUUGCAGGAAGCCGAAGAGAAGCUCCCCGAGCUCCAACAGCAGCUGGAAGAAUACAACCAGGCCAAGGACAAGGAGACGAGGAGUAGAGCUCGACUGAAGGUCAUCGAUAAGGAGCUGAGAGACCUGACGAUGGAGCACGAGAUGCUGCUGCAGGCGUUUGAGAAGGUUCAGCAGGAGCGUGAUGACCUGCUGAAGAAGCAGAGGGAGGCCAUCCUGGACAUGCAGCAGAAGAGCGGCCUGAAGGAGAUGUUGCUGGAGAAGAAGUUGGCAGCGCUGACGGGAACAGUCGAGAAAACAGAGGCUCAGCUCUGCACCGCACUCGCGUCCUCUAACGUCGACCAAACUGCAGGCAGCAGCGCCGCAAACAAACUCGAGGAAGUAUUGGAGUCUAAACAGGUCGUCAUCAGCACCUUGCAGAGCGACUUGGCUGGAGACUGUAAGGAGUACGACCACCUGCUGCAGACCUGUAAGGAGAAGCUGAAGGCGUUCAGUGUCCCUCAGUACAACCUCCCCUUCAGGCCCUCACAGCAGAUCCUGCGGGGCACAGGACCCCCCUCCAACACUGAACCCCUCCAGGUGUUAGGUGUUCACUCACCUGCUCUACCUGGAUACCUCCACACCCAGAGUACUUGACCUCUCUGCCUUUUUCUCAUUGGAUCAUUCCCUAAAGACACGUUACAUAGCAAAAUUAUUAUGCAGUUCACUGCUGCAGAUUUUCUAUUUAAACAAAUAUAAUAUUUACUUUAACUUUGUCUUUGUUAUCAAACCAUCCUGCUGCUGAUAAUUCAUGUUUUCCUGUUGGUGCUGACGGUGUGUUUACCAGGUAAACACUGAAUCACAAAUGUCAUGUUGUGAAACAACAAUAAAUAUAUUUUGAU